GAAAGAUUCAUCUUCCAUUUCCCCAAAACCGUGAGUUUUGGAGACAUGGAUCUCAACAUCAGUAGAAACCGAUGGAGAAAACGAAGCCAGAAGAGCAAACCCCUUCUACUCAUCUUCAUCUUCGUCGCCAUUGCUUUUCUCCUCUUCGCGUCCUCCACAUCGAAGCCCUUCAAGCCCGUUCUUCCCUUCUCCCAGACCCCACAAUGCGCGGUGGAAUCCCCGGAUCUCUCCGGGAAGCGGUUCCUUUGGUAUGCGCCGCAUAGUGGGUUCAGUAACCAGCUCUCGGAGCUCAAGAAUGCGAUUUUGAUUGCUGGGAUUCUGAAUCGGACUUUGAUUAUGCCGCCCGUGCUGGAUCAUCAUGCUGUGGCGCUGGGAAGUUGCCCUAAGUUUCGGGUUGUGAGUCCCUCGGAGCUCCGGGCGAAGGUUUGGGAUCAUAUCAUGGAGCUCAUUCGGGAUCGAAGGUAUGUAUCAAUGGCCGACAUUGUUGAUUUGUCUUCAAUAUCAUAUUCUUCAGUUCAAACAAUUGAUUUUCGAGUGUUCACUUCAGUGUGGUGUGGCUUAAACAUGGAUAAUAGUUGUCAUGGCGAAUUAUGUUGUUCCAUGACCAACCAUGGUUCCUCACUCGGCAGCUUCAAUCAAUGCCGAUCUUUGCUAUCUGGAUUGCAGGGUAGUAUUGACGGAUGUACAUAUGCCGUAGAAGAUGACUGCAGGACAACAGUCUGGACAUACCAGCAGAAUAAUGAUGGAUUAUUGGAUUCAUUUCAACCUGACAAAGAGCUGCAGAGAAAGAAAAAUAUUUCCUAUGUUAGGAAACGAAGGGAUGUAUACAAAGCUCUAGGGUCAGGUUCCAAGGCCGAAACAGCUACCAUUCUGGUUUUCGGAACUGUAUUCUCCGGACCAUACAAGGGUUCUGAGCUAUAUAUCGACAUCCAUGAAGCACCAAGUGACUCCAGAAUACAGUCACUACAUAAUAAGAUCAAACACCUGCCUUUUACCCCAGAAAUAACUGAUGCCGGGAAGGAAUUCGCCAUCAACAAGAUAAAGGUGCCUUUUCUUUGCGCACAGCUUCGCUUGUUAGAUGGGCAAUUUAAAAACCAUUGGAAGACUACUUUCUCAGAUCUGGAACAGAAGAUAAAGUCAGUAAGAUUGGAAGCUGAAAGCAAGUUAACCAGUCCACUUCACAUGUUUAUCAUGACCGAUCUUCCAAGAUCAAACUGGACAGGAACAUACCUCGCUGAUCUUGCUGAAAAUUCCAACUCCUACAAACUGUAUACCCUUAAUGAAGCCGAUGAGAUUGUAGAACAGACAGCCAAGAGAUUAAUGAAAGCAGAGCAUGCAAUGCGGUCUAGCUUCCGUCUGAAGAGCAACAGCGAAACCUUGAAGAACCGACACUGUGAUGCUGGCCGGCUACCUGAUAUUCUCUUGUUCAUCGAGAAGACCAUCUGUAGUUGUGCUUCAUUAGGCUUUGUUGGUACGACUGGAUCAACCAUUGCUGAAAGCAUUGAGCUUAUGAGACAACAUAAUGUUUGCAAACACUAAUUUUCCCAAAUUGUAUAACACAGUCAUCCUUCUUUUCUCCUGUAUCUGCUUGUUACUGUAUAAUUAUCUGACGAUUUUCGCACGAUUGAAAAUGUAAAAGAGUUUUUUUUUUUCCCGAAGUAUGACCAAAUGGUAAUCAGAGAAUUCAAGCAAA